AUGGAAGGAAAUAAAGAAUCUCAUAACCGUCCUGACAUAACCAAGACAUACGAACCGAAAAGCACCCAAGCAAAUACUUCAGAGAACAAUCUGUACCACAUGAUAAAAUGCCACGAGGACAGCCUGUUAAGAUUACACCACUUCGCUGGUAGGCAAAUCAACAACUUCGAACCGAGCUACCAGAACGAUUUACCAUGGUACCAGAAAGACUUACAGCGCCAAUACAUAAAACCGAUGGACUAUUUAGCUUAUGAGGACAUAAGACGCAAAUACGACGAAACAAAGGUUGUGAAAGAGACACAAAAAGAGUUAGAGGAAAAGGAGAAGAGUGACGAAAGAAAAAAGCCGAGACGGAAUCGAACUACGUUUACCAGCCAACAAUUGGCUGCGCUCGAAAAAGUUUUUGAGAAGACACAUUAUCCUGACGCCUUCGUAAGAGAGGACUUGGCGACACGAGUUAAUCUAACCGAAGCUAGAGUACAGGUAUGGUUCCAAAACCGACGGGCAAAAUUCCGGCGCAACGAGAGAUCGGCGCUUUCCGGCCACCGUGCCCCGAGCCAAAGUUCCCCCGAACCAUUACCAGUGCCCAUAGGCAUCCCAUCAGACCACAGACAAGAAAUUCCCCGUAAAGAACCGUGGCUACAUCAUUUCCAGGCGAACAACUUGAACUUCAACUUAGGCCUGCCUGUGACGAAUUCUGGGAUCUACCAAAAUGAAUAUUUGAUGAUGCAAAACGUUAGCAAUAGGCAGUACGUGCCUAAUAAUACGUUGAUGGGGCAAGGUAUGGGUAACUAUGGCAACGGUGUAGAUAAUUAUGGGUCUUGUGGUCUCAUCGGUGGUUAUAGUGGCCCCUUACAGCCAGCCCAUCACGGGUCAUAUAAUCUCAAUUUGCGUCUCCGCCCGCACGAUUUUAGCAUAAAUAACAUUACUUUAUGA